CCGCGAGGAUUGGCCGCCCUGGCCGAGGGGCCGCCCUCGCCGCGGGAAAUUCGCGGGGCGCGGAGCCCGUGGGACUCGCGCGCCAUGGAGCGGCUGCGGGACGUGCGGGCGCAGCUGCAGGCGUGGGAGCGCGCGUUCUGGCAGCAGCGCGGGCGGCGGCCGGGCCAGGAGGACGUGAAAGCGGCGCCCAAGGAGACCCGCGCGCUCUACCGGGAGUAUCGCGCUCUGAAGGAGGCCCUGGAACAGGCCGGCGGCGUCGGUUCCCGUGGCCCCGAGCAUUCGGUUCCAGCGGCAGCGGAGGAGACGCCAGAGCCUAGCUGCUGGGGCUCCCACCUGAAUCGGGCUGUAACCCGCUGUCCCCAUCCUACUCCAAGGCCAAGCCCCCGGGGGUCUGUGCAGGACUACGGGGAGAGGCUUAAGGCAAACUUAAAGGGUACUCUGCAGGCUGGGCCGGCCCUGAGCCGCACACCCCGGACUCCACGAAGACCCUCACCCAAGGUGCCUUCCUUGGGGCCACCAGCUGCAGGGGCUGCCCCCGUGUCUCCUGAAGAGGUCAGUGAGGUGCCUCUGCAGCUUCCCAGGCCCCUGCCGAGGCCAGGCCGGCUCCAGCAGCUGCAGGAGUCCCUGAGCCUGCGGCUAGGCUCCCUGGACCCCGACUGGCUGCAGCGGUGUCACCAAGUGGCCCUAGGUUUUCCGGGGGCAUCUGAGGCCUGCCCACCUGCCCUGGGUGCAGAAGAGCCACAGCCCCCGACCUCAGGUGUCCCGUCUGUCCUCGGCCCCGGCACGGGCCUGGAGGCACCUUCACAGAGCCCGGAGGCUCCAGGUCUUCAGGCAGCUGGAGUCGGUGCAGGGAGCCCCUCACUGGGCAGCAGUCAAGGCAAGAAGCGGAGACAGAGCGGGCAGCCAGAGACGCCCCCUGCACAGGAGAAGCAGCACAGCAGCCAGGCGGGCCCCCCUUCCGAGGGAGCUGGGGCUGCAGUGCGGGUGAAAGACGGUCCAGGGGAGCCCGCGCGGGCACAGCCCCUCAGCAGCCCGUCGGCCCCCAGGUACUACAGCCUCCCCGCAGGGUCGCUGAGUUGGGCCAGGGUGGGGAGGGCCAUGGGCAGAGCGCACCUGCGUGUCGCUUCUAGGCCAGCGGUGCGGAACAGGGGCAACUACGUCCGGCUCAACAUGAAGCAGAAGCGCUACGUGCGGGGCCCGGCCCUGCGUGGCAGGCUGCUCCACAAGCAGGCGUGGAAGCAGAAGUGGAAGAAGAAAAGGGAAUGUUUUGGGGGUGGCCAGCCCAGAACCACAGACAAGGAUUCUUGCUUUCGAUGUGGGCAGCUCGGCCACUGGGCAUCCCAGUGCCUACAACAAGGCCCAAAACCUGCCCUGGCCCCCCAGGAGGAGGAGGGUGGCAAAGACAAAGAUGACGUACAAGCACUGUCCGUGUUGGAAGCAGUAGCUCAGAGGACAGGCCCUGCCUGCCGCCAGCACCCUGGUGAGGGCGAUGAAGAGCCUGCUGGGCCUCAGUUGCUGGUGCCCACGGAGGGGCCUGUGCCCAGGCCACCCUGUCCACCCCAGACUGUGCCACCACUCUACCUGCCGGGGCCCUUGGGGCAGGUGGCAGAGACGCCAGCUGAGGUGUUUCAGACCCUGGAGCAGCUGGGGCACCAAGCUUUCCGCCCCGGGCAGGAGCACGCCAUCAUGCGAAUCUUGUCUGGCCUGUCCACGCUGCUGGUGCUGCCCACGGGCACUGGCAAGUCCCUGUGUUACCAGCUCCCUGCCCUGCUCUACGCCCGGCGGAGCCCCUGCCUCACGCUGGUCAUCUCUCCUCUCCUGUCCCUCAUGGAUGACCAGGUGUCUGGCCUGCCCCCAGGCCUGAAGGCGGCCUGCGUGCACUCAGGCAUGACCAGGAAACAGCAGGACUCGGCCCUGCAGAGGGCGCGGGCAGCCCAGGUGCAAGUGCUGAUGCUGUCGCCCGAGGCCGUGGCCGGGGCUGGGGCUCGGGGCCUCGGCUGCCUCUCUCGGCUGCCGCCCGUGGCCUUUGUCUGCGUCGACGAAGCCCACUGCCUGUCCCAGUGGGCUCACAACUUCCGGCCUUGCUACCUGCGCGUAUGCAAGGUGCUUCGGGAGCACCUGGGGGUGCGCUGCUUCCUGGGCCUCACGGCCACGGCCACGCGCAGCACCGCCCUCGACGUGGCCAAGCACCUGGGCGUGCCCGAGGAGGCUGUCCUCAGGGGACCCGCCACCAUCCCCGCCAACCUGCACCUCUCCGUGUCCGUGGACAGGGACCCCGAGCAGGCCCUGGUGACGCUGCUGCAGGGCGGCCGUUUCCGCGCCCUGGACUCGGUCAUCGUCUACUGCCCCCGGCGGGAGGACACCGAGCGCGUCUCCGCUCUGCUCCGCACCCGCCUCCCGGAGGCCCGGGCCCCGGGGCGUGCAGGCCAGGCCCGGGGGGCCGUGGCCGAAGCCUACCACGCCGGCCUGUGCGGCCGGGAGCGGCGGCGGGUGCAGCAGGCCUUCAUGGCAGGCCGGCUGUGGGCGGUGGUGGCCACGGUGGCCUUCGGGAUGGGGCUGGACCGGCCGGAUGUCCGGGCUGUGCUGCACCUGGGGCUGCCCCCGAGCUUCGAGAGCUACGUGCAGGCCAUAGGCCGGGCCGGGCGUGACGGGCAGCCCGCGCAGUGCCACCUCUUCCUCCAGCCCCAGGGCGAGGACCUCCGGGAGCUGCGCAGACACGUGCACGCCAGCGCCACCGACUUCCUGGCCGUCAAGAAGCUGGUGCAGCGUGUGUUCCCGCCCUGCUCCUGCGCCCAGCGGCCGCCAGAGCAGCAGGGAGGCAGCAGGGAGGAGGGCCCAUUGCGUGAGCAGGCGGUGCGGUGCCCGGGCCAUGUGCGGGCACUCCCGGUGCAGCCGACAGUGCAGGCUCUGGACAUGCCUGAAGAGGUCAUUGAGACCCUGCUGUGCUACCUGGAGCUGCACCCACAGCACUGGCUGGAGCUGCUGACACCCACCUACGCCUGCUGCCGCCUGCGCUUCCCCGGGGGCCCCACCCAGCUGCAGGCCCUGGCCGGCAGGUGUCCCCCGCUAGCUGCAUACCUGGCUCAGCAGCCCCCCGAGGACACGGAUGGGGGAGGCAGCUCUGUGGAGCUGAACGUGGUCGAGCUGGUGGACUCCAUGGGCUGGGAGCUGGCCCCGGUGCGGAAGGCGCUCCGCCAACUGCAGUGGGACCCAGAGCCCAGGACAGGUGUGCCUCGGGACACGGGAGUGCUGGUGGAGUUCAGCGAGCUGGCUUUCCACCUGCGCAGCCCCGGGGACCUGACGGCCCAGGAGAAGGACCAGAUCUGUGACUUCCUGUACGACCGAGUGCGGGCCAGAGAGCAGGAGGCCCUGGCCUGCCUGCGCCUUGUGUUCCAGGCCUUUCACAGUGUAGCCUUCCCCAGCUGCGGGCCGUGCCUGGACCAGCCAGACGAGGACCGCAGCGCCAGGCUCAAGGCCCUGCUCAGCCACUACUUUGAGGAAGAGAGUCCAGAGGUCUCGGAGGAAGCCCAGGGCCCAGAGCCUGGGCAGGUCGAGCUCCAGGACUGGGAGGACCAGGUCCGCAGGGAGGUCCGUCACUUCCUGUCCUUGUGGCCGGAGCAGCAGUUCUCAGGCAGGGCUGUGGCCCGCAUCUUCCACGGCAUCGGAAGCCCCUGCUUUCCAGCCCAGGUGUAUGGGCGAGACCGGCGCUUUUGGAGGAAGUACCUGCACCUGAGCUUCCACGCCCUGAUGCACCUGGCCACAGAGGAGAUCCUGCUGUGGGGCCGCUGACCACCUUGCCCCAGGCAGGCCCUGUUCCCCACGUCCGACGGGGGUGUGGACAGGGAUGUCCCACCGCUCAGAGAGUGGCAGGUGUCAGACAAAGACAAGGGAACAUCAGCGGCCAGGACAGUGACUGAGCACCUUGGGCAAAGCAUACCACCAGGACUGUGGGCACAAGCAGUCCCGCCC